CUUUCCUCCACACUCCCCAAACCAUCGCCAUCGUGCACCUCCCUCUCUUUCUCUUUCUUUGCUCCCCGUUGUAGUUCUCCACGCAUCUUGUUUCUUUCCUUCCGCCGCCCUUCCCUCUCUCCCCUGUGCCAUGACGAACCACGCCGCCUUCGCUGCCGAGGACGCGGUCACCGCCGUGCCGCCGCCGGCGCAGGUGGGUCGCCAUUUCUCAGCGUUUCCGCCGCGGAGGGCGCGGGACUGCAGGAAGGCCGCCCUGGGCCGCAUGGACCUGGCCGCCUCCGGGGUGCUCCUGGCCGGGUCCCUGCUGGACUCCAUGAAGGCCUCCUCGCCGCGCCAUGCCAAGUUCGCCGCCGGCGCCGACCACGAGGACUGGAUGGAGAAGCACCCUUCGGCAUUAGAGCAGUUAGAGGACGUGCUGGCGGCGGCGGAGGGGAAGGAGAUCGUGAUGUUCCUGGACUACGACGGCACACUGUCGCCGAUCGUGGAGGACCCCGACAGCGCCGUCAUGACCGAAGACAUGAGGGACGCGGUGAGGACCGUGGCCCAGCAUUUCCCGACCGCCAUCGUGAGUGGGAGAGGUAGAGACAAGGUGCUUAAUUUUGUGAAGCUGGAGGAGCUAUACUACGCCGGGAGCCAUGGCAUGGACAUCAAGGGCCCCGCCACAGUGUCCAACCACAAGGCAAAGGCUGACGAAGUUCUAUGCCAGCCGGCGACGGAGUUCUUGCCUGUCAUUCAGGAGGUGUAUGAGACACUGACGGCCAAGAUGGAAUCCAUCCCAGGCGCCAUGGUGGAGAACAACAAGUUUUGCCUCUCCGUGCACUUCCGCUGUGUCCACGAGGAGGAAUGGGAUGAUCUGGGCGAGCAGGUGAGGGCGGUGCUUGAGGGCUACCCAGACCUCCGCCUCACCAAGGGGAGGAAGGUCCUGGAGAUCCGGCCCUCCAUCAAGUGGGACAAGGGAAACGCCCUCGAGUUCUUGCUCGAGUCUCUUGGCUAUGCCGGACGUGACGAUGUUUUUCCAAUAUACAUCGGAGAUGACCGCACCGACGAGGAUGCGUUCAAGGUGCUGCGCAACAUGGGACAGGGCAUCGGGAUCCUUGUGACCAAGUUUCCAAAGGAGACCACUGCAUCCUACUCUCUGCGUGAGCCUGCUGAGGUGAAAGACUUCCUGCGUAAGCUGGUGAAGAGCAACGGGACAAAGGGCUAAUUCAUGCAUCAUCAACCAUCUGAUAGCUCGAAAUGGACAGCAAACAAUAUAAUUAAGCUAGAUCAAGCUUCUCUUUUUAUGGACUUCGCGUUUUUGCUCUUGUGUGAAUUAGUAGAAGAUUGCAUGCGUGUGUGUUGGGCGGGCGGUGACCCUAGGCCUUGCCUCCGAAGGUUUCUAUUAUUGUAUCCUUCUGGCGAGGUCUUGUAAUUAGCCUUUCCUAGCUAUGACAGAAAUGGGAGUGACA